AUGGGUGAGCAUCAGGAAAUUGGCGAGCAUCAAGCAAUUGGCGAACAUCAGACAAUCGACGAGCAUCAGGCAAUUGACGAGCAUCAGAUUCAUAUCUUGAUGAAGAAAAUCCAUUUGUUAAAAGAAAAAAUCCAAAUGGAUCGAAUUGAAUCAAUACAAGAUAAACUUAGGAUAAAUGGAGAGAAUCUCCAACUUCAACUUUCGAAGAUCAUGACAAUAGCGUCAAGAAAGGCUAAGGAUGAUACUGUUCAAAUGUUUUCGUUAAGAAUUAACCAACCGUUGUAUACAUUUAAAGAUUUUUCUAAAGAUUCAAAAAUGAAUGAAGAAAUUUUCAAUCAAGGUAUACAAUUUGAAGGAAGUAUCACGCUACAAAAAGAAGAAAAGAUACCUCAUUUUACAUUCUGGUCACAUUUGGUUAGAAAUAAGAUAAUGACCAAAGAUCAAGCAUUUUCUGCAAGAAAAAACAUAUACUAUGAUCAACAUGGUGAAGCAUUGAUAUGCAGUGAUCCUGAUGAAGAGGUCAAAGAGAAUAAAGAAGUUAAACAUGAAUUUUCUCACGGUGAAGACCAAAUUAUAAGGAUGGCAUUUGAGGAGCAUGAUUUAUCUGAAGAGGUCUUGAGUAUUGUUCAAAAUUGUAUUGGGGGUACCUAUUCAGAGAUUCAGGAGAGGUAUAAAUAUCUCAAGGAAAAGAGCAUGCAUUCUACAGAAAGUGGAUCUAGUAGUGGCAUAUGUUUGGACAAAAGUUUGAGUGAAGCUAUAAAUACUUUGGAUCACUUGUUUUGUCGUCGUUGCUUGAUCUAUGACUGUCCGUUCCAUGAAUGUCCACAACGGUUAUUUUAUCCGACUGAAAAACAACCAAUAUGGAAUGAACCGGAAAAUGAAAGGCAACCAUGUGGUGAACAUUGUUACCUUGAGUUAAAGGAUGCCAACACAAAUUCAACUCCAGAGUCUUUGCUAGGUAAAGAAAUUAAAACAAUGGAAACUGCAGAUGAGGUAUUUGCAUCCUCUAGCUCAAAAACAAUCACAGAUAAAAUAGAAUUGAUGAGAUUAUCCAACUCAAUGGAAGAGCCAGAACAAGAUGAUAGCUCAGAUUGGAAACCUUUGGAAAAAGAAUUAUGUUUGAAGGGAAUUGAAAUGUUUGGAAAAAACAGUUGUCUUAUAUUUCGGAACUUACUUUGUGGAUUCAAGACUUGCAUGGAAAUAGGUACCUACAUAUCUGAAAGGUUCAAGGACCAUGAGAUGCCAUCAAGUUCAAGGCGAUCUAAGAGAAAAGGAAAAAGCAAGAGAUUUUUUCAUAGGAGAAGAAAUAUUAAUAUUGCUAAGGAAGAAGACGACGAACCCGUUAUCCUUAAGCAUUAUAUACCUUGUGAGUGUCAAGGAAUGUGUGGAAAAGAAUGUCCUUGUUAUGUUAAUGGACCUAAAGGAACUUGUGAAAAAUACUGUGGGUGUUCAAAGCAAUGCAAACAUCGGUACAAAGGAUGUCUUUGUUAUAUAGGUCAAUGUAGAAGUGGACAAUGUCCAUGUUUUGCAGAAGGUCGUGAAUGUGACCCUGAUGUCUGUAUAAAUUGUAGGGUUAGGUGUGGCGAUGGUUCAUCAGAGGAGCCACCACAUCAAAAAAAUGGUAAAUGUGAAAAUAUGAAAAUAUUUUUGGGUAAAAAACAAAAGAUUCUUUUAGGCGGGUCUGAAGUUGCUGGAUGGGGAGCCUUCAUAAAGAAUCCUGUCAAAAAAGAUGAAUAUUUAGGAGAAUACACAGGUGAAUUAAUCUCUCAUACAGAAGCAGAAAAACGUGGUAUAUUGUAUGAGCAUGCAGGCUUCUCUUACCUUUUUGACUUGGAUGAUAAGUAUUGUAUUGAUGCUUAUCGGAUGGGAAACAAGUUAAAAUUUGCAAACCACUCACCAAAUCCCAAUUGUUAUCCAAGGGGUAUAUUUGUUGGAGGAGACAAUCGAAUAGGCAUAUUUGCCAAGGAUGACCUUAAAGCUGGUGAAGAACUUUUCUAUGAUUACCACUAUAACCAAAAAUAUCAAAAAGCACCUAAAUGGUUUCUUGAACAAUCCAAGAAAAAAGAAUCUAAAAAUUCUGGUGGCAAAGGUAGGGUUGUUUCAAAGGUCAAGUAG